UUAAAAAGAAAUAAUUAACCAAAAAAAAAGCUUUAUCAGUAAGCCAUGGACAGACCCAUCGUCUUGUACACUAUCUAAUCCGCUUGUAAACUCCCCUGAAACCCAAAAGCAAUGCUGCAGCUCACACCUUCUCACUCCCUCCCUCCCUCUCCCCAAAACCUCUCCUUUUCUCUCCUCCAGAGCUGCAAAACCCUACAAGAAGCAACCCAGCUCCACGCCCUCGCCCUCAAGAUCGGAGCUUUCACCAACCCUUUAAUCGCUUCCCGCCUCUUCUCUCUCUACGCCGACCCCAAAAUCAACCACCUCACCUACGCCCGCUCCGUCUUCACCCAAAUCCAAGACCCCAACUUGGUCUCCUGGAACGUCCUCAUCAAAUCCCACGUCACCAACCAGCGCUCCCACGACGCCGUCGUUUUGUUCCGCGAAUUGGUCCUCCACCGCCACGCGCCGGAUAACUUCACGUUGCCGUGUGUGAUCAAGGGCUGUGCGAGGCUGAACGCGGUGGAGGAAGGGAAGCAGAUUCACGGGCUGGGCUUGAAAAUUGGGCUGGGCUUGGAUAAGUUUGUGCAGAGCAGCUUGGUGAGUAUGUACUCCAAAUGUGGUGAGAUUGAGUCUGCGCGGAAGGUGUUCGAUGAAAUGCGUGAGAGGGAUUUGGUGGCGUGGAAUUCUUUGAUUGAUGGGUACGCUAGGUGUGGGAGAGUUGAUGUUGCUGUGGAGUUGUUUGAUCAGAUGGAGGAGAGGGAUUCGUUUUCGUGGACGGUUUUGGUUGAUGGGUUGUCCAAAUGUGGGAAUGUAGAGAAGGCUAGGGAGGUUUUUGAUAGGAUGCCGGAUAAGAAUAUGGUUUCUUGGAAUGCCAUGAUCAAUGGGUACAUGAAAGCUAGGGACUUUGAGACGGCGAGGGAGUUGUUUAGUCAGAUGGUGACUAGAGAUGUGAUAACAUGGAAUUCGAUGAUUGCUGGUUAUGAGUUUAAUGGGAGGUUUGCGGAAGCGUUGGAGUUGUUUCCAGAGAUUUUGGAAGAAGAUCUUAGGCCUACUCCUGCUACAUUGGUCAGUGUGCUUUCUGCUGUUUCGGGAUUAGCUGCUUUGAGUAAGGGGAGAUUGGUUCAUUGUGUGAUGGUGAAACAUGGGUUUGAAUUGGAUGGUGUGCUUGGUACGUCGUUGAUAGAAAUGUAUUCUAAGUGUGGAAGCAUUGACAGUGCAAUGGCUGUGUUUCGAGGUAUACAGAGGAAGAAAGUGGGGCAUUGGACGGCUAUAAUUGUUGGUUUAGGAAUGCAUGGUAUGGCUGACCAGGUUCUUCAGCUGUUUCUGGAAAUGCGCAAAAAUGGGAUGGAGCCUCAUGCUAUAACUUUUAUUGGAAUCUUGAAUGCAUGUAGCCAUGCUGGAUUGGUCGAUCUUGGACGUUACUAUUUCAAUAUGAUGAUAAAGGAUUAUGGAAUUGAACCCACAAUUGAGCACUAUGGUUGCUUUGUAGACAUUUUAUGUCGAGCUGGCUGUUUGGACGAGGCAAAGAAUGUCAUUGGGAGUAUGCCAAUGAAACCAAACAAAGUUAUUUGGAUGAGUUUACUUAGUGGUGCCCGGAUCCAUGGAAAUGUUGAAAUUGGUGAUUAUGCAGCUCAACAUUUGAUAGAGGUGUCUCCAGAUACUAUUGGAUGCUACGUUGUGCUCUCUAACAUGUAUGCUGCAGCUGAUCAGUGGGAGAAAGUUUCACAGGUAAGAGAAAUGAUGAAAAAGAGAGGUGUCAAAAAGGACCCAGGAUGCAGUAGCAUAGAGCACAGAGGUAUGCUUCAUGAGUUUAUUGUUGGUGACAAAUCCCAUCCUCAGACAAAAGAGAUAUAUUCCAAGUUGAGUGAGGUGAGAGAGAGACUAAAAUCUGCAGGACAUGUUCCUGACACAAGCCAAGUUUUAUUGUGUCUUGAGGAUGAAAAGGAGAAGGAAGCUGAACUGGAAAACCAUAGUGAGAGAUUGGCUAUUGCAUUUGGUCUAAUUAAUUUGGAACCUAGGAGUCCUAUUCGCAUCAUAAAGAAUCUUCGUGUCUGUAAUGAUUGCCAUUCUGUCACUAAACUCCUUUCCAAGAUCUAUAAUCGUGAGAUUGUUGUCAGAGAUAAUAGUCGUUUCCAUCACUUCGCCAAUGGGUCAUGUUCUUGCAAAGAUUUUUGGUGACUGACUUCCUAACCAGCUGGCUUUCAUGCCUGUGAUAAUUUCCUCAAGCAAGAAGCGGCUUACCUAUAUAUGCUUGCACUCUUAAAAUUGGAGCAGCAAAUGGACAUAUAGAUAGAUAAGGAGUUCAACCACAAAUGAGCUUGGUCUUUUUACUGGAUAAAGUGAUUCUGAUACAAGCAGUUUCUACUAAGAAAUUACAUCAGAACUUGUUUUGGAAAAUAGAUUACAUCAGAACUAAUGGG